UUUGUAAUAUAGCCAGUGUAUAUGAGUAUAACAUUUGUUAAGUUAAUUCCUCCCUUCCAAAGUGGACAAACUAAUAUUCUACAGAACUACGACUCCCACAAUCCUCUCCCAGAAUGACGCUUAUUUUAUUUUUUGCCGAAACAGGAGUAGAGUUGUUGGCAGUAGCGCUACGAGCCCACUGCAGUUGGACGUUAUGGGUACGUGGUAGUUUUGAAAGUUCUCAUAGAUACAAAAGACAACAAAUCAGCCCGAGAGACAUAUUUGAGGCCAAUGAUGGCGCCGCGAAAGCAGGAUUCUGGACUCAAAAAGGCCGGAGUGGCAAGGAACGGGUCUGUGAUAAACUUCAGACAAACAGUGAACUCAGGUUCUUUGCGCCGCAGCUCGGCUGUCUUGCCAUCAGUGCUGACGUUCGCUGUGAUCGUCGCAUCCGGUGGCCUUUUGCUCAUGAUUGAAAAAGGAAUGCUGAAUAGUAUGGAGACACCGCCGCCUCGAGGUAACAGCCAGAGGUCAGACUAUCUAAGACAAGCUCGACAUCUCGAUCCUGGUGCAGACGCAGAAUCUCAGAUUCUCCAGGAGAUCCGUAACCGCACCAUCAGGACCAUGUGCGGUCAGAAGAACAUGCCUCACGACGUCUGGUCCCUGAGCCCCCUGCAGAGGAAAACCCUACUGCAGCACAUCCUGGUGAACGAUGAGCACCGCUUCCUCUACUGUUAUGUCCCCAAGGUGGCCUGCUCAAACUGGAAGAGGGUCCUGAAAGUCCUGAGUGGUGCUCUGGCGAACGUGGACGCCAAUAUUAAGAUGGACCACAAGAGUGACCUGCUCUUCCUAUCCUCUCUGAAGCCUGAGGAGAUCCUCUACAGGCUGAAACACUAUUUUAAGUUCAUGUUUGUGAGGGAACCUAUGGAACGCCUGCUCUCCGCUUACAGGAACAAGUUUGGGGAGAUCAAGACCUAUCAGGAGAAGUAUGGUGCGGAGAUCAUUAGACGCUACAGAAAGGGUCAUACCAAGGCUAGAGCGGUGGCAGGGGACGAUGUGACGUUUGCAGAGUUUGUUCGCUAUCUACUGGAUGAGGACGUGGAGCGCAUGAAUGAGCACUGGAUGCCCAUUUACAAUCUGUGCCAACCAUGUGCUGUGUCCUAUGACUUCAUUGGCUCCUACGAGCAUCUAGAGAGUGAUUCGGACUACGUACUACAGCGUAUUGGUGCCCCUCCCCACGUCCACUUCCCUGAGAGACAGACGUGGUACAAGCCUGUCACCACGGAGACGCUGCAUUAUUACCUGUGCAGUCUGCCUCAGAAGCUGCUUAGGGAGCUCCUGCCAAAGUACAUCUUAGACUUUUCUCUGUUUACCUACCCCCUGCCCAACACAACCACUGAGUACUGCAGACAUUAAAUAAUCAUAGGUAUUUUAUACUUGGAAAUUAUUUUUAUACAGUAUUUUGUUAAACCUUUGCCUUUUUCCCCCAGGGAACAAAACAGUAUUUUGAUAUUUGCUACUUUUUAAUAUUAGAUGUUACAACAUUGGGAAAUAUGAGUUAUGUUUGAGUACUAUGCAAAAGACCACUAAAACAGUAAAGCAGCAAAUAAGCAGUAAAGUUACUGACAAUCAAGUCCAAUAUUGUCUAUGCAUUCCACCUACACACACUGUUACAAAUUACCUAACUGUUACUGUCUAUUUGCACUCCAACUGAGCUUUAAAACAAACAUUGACCCAACUGUCAAUAAAGCACAUUACAUUUGUA